AUUGUCUUCGCAGUCAGGUGGAGUCGUGCGUCCUGGUGCGUCCUGGUGAUCAGAGGUCUCCGAGGACAAAACCCCCGUGCGCUGUUGCUGCUGCAAGUAUCUCACAGCUCGACUCCGACUGAUCUAUUGAAGGGAUGGCAAACUCUAACAGACCUACCACCGACAUUAGGCACGUCUACAGGGGAACAUUUGUCCACUCGACACAGCAAGCACCGCUGCAGAUCCUGGAAGAUGCCCUCCUGGGAGUGGAUACAGAAGGAAAGAUUGCCUUCAUUGGGAAGGGCGCAGAGCUUGACAGACUGUCCAAGACUUUCGGAUUCAGUCCGCCUGACAUUACUCAACUUGAACAACAUGAGUUCUUCAUGCCUGGUAUGGUGGACACCCACAUCCAUGCAUCCCAGUACAGCUACGCCGGCACAGCCCUGGACAUGCCUUUACUGCAGUGGCUUAAUACCUACACCUUUCCUGUCGAGUCACGCUUCAAGGACUUAGGGUUUGCCCACAGAGUCUACACCCAAGUAGUGAAAAGGACUCUGAGAAACGGAACAACCACUGCAUGUUACUUUGCUACCAUACAUACAGAUGCCUCUCUCCUGUUGGGCCAGAUUGCGAAUGACUUUGGACAGCGUGCCUUGGUGGGCAAAGUUUGUAUGGACAGGAACAAUUCUGUGAAACAUUACAAAGAGACAAAUCAGGAGUCUCAAGAGGAAACCUGUCGGUUCAUUGCAGAGCUCUUGGGCAAAAAGUACCCUCUUGUGAAGCCAGUGGUGACACCCCGCUUCGCUCCAUCCUGCACAGGAGUCUUGCUGGGACAACUGGGAGAAAUCGCUAAGAAUAACAACCUGCACAUUCAGAGUCAUAUCAGUGAAAAUGCUGAGGAAGUAAAGCUUGUAAAUGAGCUGUUUCCUGAGUCUGAGUCUUACACCGACGUCUAUCACAAAUACAACCUGCUUACUGACAAGACCGUGAUGGCCCAUGGCUGCUACCUCAGUGAUGAAGAGUUGGCUUUGUUCAGAGAGACAGGAGCUUCUUUGUCUCACUGCCCCAAUUCCAACAUUUCGUUGUGCAGUGGAGUGUUGGAUGUCCGCAACGUCCUGAAGCACAAAGUGAAACUGGGGCUGGGAACAGAUGUGGCAGGUGGCUACUCGGCCUCUAUGCUGGAUGCUGUGAGGAGAGCUCUGGACUCAUCCAAAGUCUUGACCAUCCAGGACCCAGAACACGAAACACUCUCCUUUGAGGAGGUGUUCAGACUGGCCACACUGGGAGGCAGCCAAGCUUUGUCCCUGGAUGACCAAACAGGGAACUUUGAAGUGGGCAAAGACUUCGAUGCCCUGAGAGUGAAUGUAGCUGCUCCUGGUGGACCCAUCGACCUGAUCCAGUGUGAUGGGCCAAAGAUUCUUUUGGAAAAGUUCUUGAAUUUGGGUGAUGAUCGCAACAUAGUUGAGGUGUUUGUGGCCGGGAGGAAGGUGGUGCCAUUCACAGAGUAAACAUUUCUGUCGUCCACACACCUUCACUCAUCUCGAGGGUUCAAAACCCCACCAGAAAAGUCAGCUUGAAGAGGAUUUUAACUGCUAAAAUACAUGUAUAUCUGAGAAGAAUGACCAGCUGGAAACACGCUAUUGCUGCGCAACUGUCCUUUAAUGCUAAGACAAAUAAGUUGGGAAUUAAUGAUCACCAUAAACAUUUUACUGUAAAAUCCAGAGUACAGAACAUGGUACAGUAUGUGCUAUUAAUGAGGUUCAGCGAGGUUCAUGCAAGACUGUGGUCAGAGUCUUUAAGGAUACACACUGUUGUACACUUUUUUACACUUACACUGCUUACUUAAACUUACCUAAACUAACUCAUAUACAAGUACUGAUGAUGGUAGCCUCUGUAGUGUGUUGUUAACAACAACAUAUUUUCCAUUUCAUGAUGAUAUCAUGCUGUGUUACCUCAAGACAUUUAAACUGGACAAUUGUUCAUAAAGUUAAGUGAUGUAUUACCGUAUAGGACUUUGUGCUGAAGCUGCUUGGUGCUCAGUGCAGCUGCAGUGCCUGAACUGAGUACGGCUUGAUAGUUUAAUUUCAUAUUUGUGGAUUGUGUAAGCAGAAAUUGCACACUGUACACUCCACUCAGGUGUUUUAAAUGGCAAUGGUACAUGAUUGCAGUAUAUUAUAGUAUUUUAUAGUUAUAUUCUCUCAACUUUGUUUCAGUUUGACUCAUUUUUCUCUUUUACAGUUUACAUCAGAUUGCAGCGCUCCGUGUGGUGAACUGACCAUUCCACUUACUGGAAAGUGAAAUUAUAGGCUACUUAACCCGGUGCCUUAUUAUCAAAAUCAGUUAUGUUUCAUUAGUUCAAAUGGCUUUACUGAAAUGGUUGAUUUUAUUACUGAACCUAAUGAAAUAUACUAUAUACUUAAAUUUAUAUUGCAAACUGUCUUAUGAAUGUUUGGAAAUGAAGGGAAAUUAAAUGGAUUUACUGCUGAAUAUGUGUUUGUCUUCAUAAAUUAGAUUGUAUUUAAGGCAAGUUUACUUUUUUACUGAAAUAUAGCAUAUUUUUAUCACAACAUAUCACAUAUGACAACAAAUGUUUAUACGUUCAAGAACUCUUUGAACUGUUUAAUGUGUCCAAUCAUGAGAACUUGAAAUAAAGAAUUCCGCCAAUUGUUUUUAA